ACAGUAGAGAAACCUCUCUAAGCCACGGUUUAUAAGUCACUUUUGUAAAAUAAGUGUAUCAUAUCAUUGAAAUACUUAUAUUUUUCAUAAACAAAGAAUAUAAUUAUGGUAUAAAAAGCUAUUUUUCACAACCCAUGACAAGUUGAGGGACUUGGACCAUAAACCAUGACUAUCUAAAAAUACGACCACGUCACUGAAAAUACCAUUAUUCGACUCAAGAGACCCUUCGUAUAGGACAAGCUGUGUCUGAAACUGGUGAGAUGUCUGUUCAGCAAUACCAUGACAUUGCGAUUUCAUCGGAAAAUGUGACAGAUUACAGGACUUUAAGACCUGGUGAUCAGCUGGCAGUUGCAGGGGAGAAGAAUGGUAUUGAGUAUUACCAUCACGGUAUCUUCAACAGCCACGAGGAAGGAAUAAUUCAUUUCGGUGGAGAAAACAAAGCAGAUGCACAGGUGAGUUAUGAGUGGUAGAGGACACCAUACACGAUGGUAUAUCUAAACAGCUGAAAUAAUACAUGACCUGCUGUCAUAAUGACGUCAGAGAGCGUAACUCAGAUGAUGGAAAAGAAAGUAUUGAAGAAUGUUCUUUACGGCACCUGGACUGAAGAUUUAAGAGCAGAAUGCGAAACGGAAACAGUCUUUGUGAAUCCAUUUACUGACAUACAGAAUGAUGGAUUUACAACGGAGAAUAGAAAUGCAUCAAACCAUCAGAAGACAACUUUCCGCAAAUCUCAAAGUUCGAGUGAAAAACAAUUAUCGUCAAAGAGUGAUGAAGUUCCUUGUUCUAGUGUAGAAUACUCACAAUCUGUAGAUCAAGACAUUAAAGGCGACGAAGGAAAACCAGUCGAUGACUCAUUUGACAAAAACAUCGAUGAAGUUGACUUCUUUGAUAGCGAUGAAGAAUAUAUGGAAUAUCAUGGUCACAGAUUUGACGAAAAAGAUACGGAUUUAAAACAGCAAGAUACUAUUAAAUCUGUAAACGGCAGAUAUAGCGAGGGAAUGGAGCAGUACCAUAACCUGUCUAUCUACAAGAGAUCUAUACAGAAGUUUGCAACUGACAACCACUUCGAAAUCCAUGACGUCAUUCCCGAUGGGAAUUGUAUGUUUCGAGCUCUAGCUGAUCAGUUCAUGAUUAACGGACGAACCGGAUACACCGCGGAAAAACUCCGAGGCAUUGCAAUAAACUAUUUGAAAGAACAUCCCUAUAACGGAGAAAACCGUCACAUUCAGUCGUUUUUGUGUAUGGAAUCUUGGGAAGACUAUCUCUCUAGAAUGUCCAGAACCUGUGAGUGGAGUGAUCACAUCAUUCUCCAGGCUGUUACUGAUGCCUUCAACCUAGACAUCGUUGUGUUUAACGUGUUUCAGGAUGACAUAAGGCGAACCGAGGUUAACCCAGGAAAAGACACCCGAGUACAAAGGAUUCAAAUGUUUCUUGGUCACAUUGGAGAAUUUCAUUAUUUGAGUUUGCGCCCAGACCACUGGACAUCAUUAUGGCCGUAUAACUCCAUCUUGUACAGACUUAUCUCAUGUUCUAAGCAUCUGCCUUCAGCAACGAGACGACAACUCAUCCAGAACAAAAUCAAAGAUAUUGGAGCUAGUACAAUCGUCACUGAAGAUGAGUAUCUAGACUUGCUUCAACUUCAAGUGGGAGGUGAAAGCAAAACCAACACUGAUCAGGAGAAACCGUCAGAAGGAAACCAGGUCCAUUGUUCUACAAUUCAUGGAGAUUAUUUGUUGCACUUUGACAAGUACUGUUUAGAUGAGUUACAACUUGAAGAAACAGAAGAUUCUUUGAACAACAUCUUCUUUGAUCCCUUGCAUAUCGACGUCAUGACUGGUGUUCCACUUCCUCAUCUGUCCAACAUUCUUAAACAGAUAUUCCCACUUUAUAUGAUAAAUCCAUGUGUUUGGGCACGUGGUCCACUUUUAUUUCCAACGUUUUCUGUCCACUGCAUCGGAUCUUUUGCAGAUGGAAACAAUGUCGUUUUAAAAGACAUUAGCAAAAACCAAACAAAACGUGUUUUUUAUGAUAUGCAUAGACACAAGGAAAUUGGAAAAGCCGUCAUUAUUCCAAGGGACAAAAUAGUACGUCAUUCUGAUUAUACAGAGAGCUCAUGUGUGAAUAUUUACGCUGAUUCAUCGAAGACACAUCCUGGAUACUGUCAGUUAAAACUGCCUUUAGCUGCUACUGGAAUGAGUGUAAUUAAUGUUUUACAGAAGGGAUCUCAAAAAUUUGUAAAAGGAAUAGAAGUCGAGGUCGAUGUUUCUUCUCCUAAGGAUGUGGAUUUCAAGUAUAAAGGCCUAUUGUGUGAUGCAUUUCCUCCAUCAACACAGGAGUGGAAAGUUCGAGAAAGGAAGUUUACGUUUCCCUCUCAUCAUCUUAAGCGUAAGAUUUUGAAAAUGAAUUGCACAUUGAUUAAAAAAGCACAUCCCAGGAGUAAAGAACCCGACAUAGAAUGGAAGUACAAUUUUUCUAUGGCUGAACACGUCAUCUUUACGGGAGGUGUUACGGAAUCCCAACUUCAUGGAUUCUUUGUCUUUAAAGUUUUAGUUGACAACGCUACUUUUCAUCUGACGAAACAGUUGAAGAAUAAGCAUUUGAAAGCUGCGUAUCUGUAUGCCCUUGAAGAAAUCCCUUGUGAGGCCUGGGAAACCAAUUUCAGUGGAUGCAUCUUAUUUGUUCUAAGCACUUUGAUAAAGUAUUUAAAGGCCAAAUUUCUUCCACAUUACUUCAUUUCAACCAACAAUCUAAUCGACUGCUUUCAUGUUGAAGAAAUUGAAGCUCUUUGCGUUAAUGUGGAAUGUAUCCGUGCGUUUCCAGUGACGGUAAUCCAAAACAUAGCCGAAAACCAUGGAUAUAGUUAUGCGCCAAAACUGAUCAAAAUGGUCUUUGAAAACUGCAAGACUUUUGUGCACAACAAACAUUUGGUGUCAAUAUGUAUGGAUGCGUUCAUACCUGGAACAUUGUGCUCAGUUAAAACAUUGACAAGAUUGGGAUUUUAUGGAUCUGCAUUUCAGCUACUUCAAUACAUCCACGAGCAGAUGCUGCUAAUGCCCAUGUCGGAUGGCGGAUUUGUUAUACCGAGUUUUCUUGAAAUCUUCCAAAUGGUUCUGAACAACAUACGCCAGAGAUCGUCCCGAGUUAUUUUGGCAAAUCUGUUUGACAUACAUUAUCAGACCAAUGUCUUGAAUGAAUACAUAGAUAAUGGUAAAAUAUUUGCAAAAGAUAUCCUGCCGUGGAAAGUGAAUUAUCAAAUUGGAUGGAUGGAAAUGCCUUCAGGGAAAAUGGAUUUUUCUUCCCUCGCUGACAUUUUCCACACAUACAGUUUAAGAGAAUACGAUAAACGCAAUUCAACAUUGGCAACUUUGACUCUUGAGACAGCAGUACUGUGCGUUCAAAAGGCCCUCGAGAUGGACACAAUAAGUACGGAUGAAAUACAGGACAAAGCUCUUAAAGAAGAAAUAAUUAGGCAACGGGACGUGGUAAUGAUGGACCUGAAAAGAAAGCUGAAGCUAUACUACAUUCAUAUGUAUGAUGUAUCUCGGCUGUAUCACUCAACUGAGCCAUUGCAAACUCAUAUCGAUGACAUCGAAAAUCUUUGCAGGGAGCUUCCAGAAAUGUCAUACAUUGUCGCCGAAAUGUUUAGAUACCUGUCUCGAAACAACAAAGCUUUAGAAUAUGAGACAUUAGGUAACACUUAUCUCAAACAAAGAAAGCCUGUGUUACGUGACCUUUGAUCAUACAUGGUAAUCAUUUGUAUACAACUUAUAAACAAUUAUGUUGGACUCCUAAAUGAAUGAAUAAAGAAAUAUAUUAUUGAAA